AUGUUAGAUGAAAUUCAUAGACAAGAACGUGAAGAGAUGGAAAAGAAACUUCAAGCAAAAGAUGAAGUCAUUGAAUCCAAAGACAAAAGCAUACAGAAAAGAAUACCGCGUUCAGUACCAAAAGGAAAGGAAAAGAACUAUAAGUAUAUGAUUUAUACUGAAGAGAUGGAAAAUGAAGAAGACAGAGAUAUGGUUAUGUUGCAUUUAGUCAGAAGAAACAACAAAAGCUUUUACGACCUUGCUAAGAUUUACAAAUCUGACAGAAAUUGGUUCUAUCGCGAAAACUUACCGAUUUCAAUGACCCCAAAUGAAGAUGUGAAACAAAUAGUUCAAGAUACUUUACCUCAAACACACUAUGAUAUGAAAGGUUGUACAAUACUUACAUUCAAAGAAGAUUUGCCAUUGUUAAAGGAAAAAAUAACAGAGUAUUUUGACAACUUCAAACAAGCAGAGUAA